AACCAAAAUCUUAAAAAGCAAAAGUGAGUAAUUAUUGAAAGGAAAAGAAAAGAAGAGUUGCGGAGAUCCACAGAGAGAGAGGAGAGAACAAUGACGAACCACGAUGAGCUGCCGAUUCCUAUUUACUCUUCACUUGAACCGGUGUACGGUGAAGGACCUCAGCUUGAAGAAGCUAAGCUUCGUUUUGAAAAUUUGAAAUCGAAGUUCCUCGAAGUUUUCGGUCAUCCUCCUGAGGUCUUCGCUCGAUCUCCAGGGAGAGUGAACUUGAUUGGAGAACAUAUUGACUAUGAAGGAUACUCGGUAUUGCCGAUGGCGAUCCGGCAAGACACGAUUGUGGCAAUUCGAAAGCGCGACAAAGGAGAGGCUGAAAAAUUUCUCCGAAUUGCUAAUGUUAAUGAUAAGUACGCUACUUGUACUUACCCUGCUGAUCCUAACCAGGCAAUUGACUUGAAGAAGCAUAAAUGGGGUCACUACUUCGUUUGUGGGUAUAAAGGUUAUUACGAAUAUGCCAAGUCAAAAGGAGUGGAUGUCAGGGUGCCAGUUGGUCUUGAUGUUCUUAUUGAUGGAAUAGUUCCUACAGGCUCCGGUUUAUCAAGCUCUGCAGCUUUUGUUUGCUCAUCUACGAUUGCUAUCAUGGCUGCUUUUGGGGUUAACUUCCCAAAGAAAGAAAUUGCCCAAGUUACAUGCGACUGUGAGCAGCACAUUGGAAUGCAGUCUGGUGGGAUGGACCAGGCAAUCUCUGUGAUGGCCAAAAAUGGAUUUGCUGAGCUAAUUGAUUUCAAUCCUAUUCGUGCAACUGAUGUGAAACUCCCUGCUGGAGGUACCUUUGUAAUAGCCCAUUCAUUGGCUGAAUCUCAAAAAGCUGUUACAGCUGCCACAAAUUAUAAUAACAGAGUUGUUGAAUGUCGACUGGCUGCCAUUGUUCUCGGUAUAAAACUGGGAAUGAAGUCCCAAGAGGCAGCGGAAAAAGUCAAAACUCUUUCUGAUGUUGAAGGGUUAUGUGUUCAAUUUGCCAAAGCUCACAAUUCUAAGGAUCCUGUGCUUGCUGUCAAGGAAUAUUUGAAGGUGGAGCCCUAUACAACUGAAGAAAUCGAGAAAGUCGCCGGGAAAGAUCUUGUAUCAAUCUUGGGUGAUAACCCAACAUCUUUGGACGUGUUAAGAGCGGCUAAACGCUUCAAGUUGCAUCAGAGAGCUGCUCAUGUGUACUCUGAAGCGAAUCGGGUUCAUGCUUUCAAGGAUACCAUGUCCUCAAACUUAAGUGAGGAGGAAAAGCUGAAGAAGCUUGGCGAUCUUAUGAACGAAAGCCACUAUAGCUGUAGCAUUCUCUACGAAUGCAGCUGCCCGGAGUUGGAGGAACUCGUAAAAGUUUGCCGGAAAAACGGUGCACUGGGAGCAAGGUUGACCGGAGCUGGGUGGGGUGGUUGCGCAGUGGCCUUGGUCAAAGAGACUAUCGUGCCUCGAUUCAUCUCCGAAUUGACGGCACAAUUCUACAAACCUAGGAUCGAUAAAGGUAUGAUCAACGAGGAUGACCUUCGACGAUAUCUUUUUGCCUCUAAGCCAUCAAGUGGCGCCGCCAUCAUCAAAUUUUAGUUGUGUUUUACUGUUAGGUUAAUUUAUUCUUAUAUUAUUUAGCGAAUAAUAAAUGUACUCUUCUGUUAAAUAUUUUUAUUAAUUAUAAAAAAAAGAAGACAUACAUGCA